AUGCACAACACUUCGAGUGAGGCAAGCCAGAUGACUCGUGUUGAGAUUGAGACCGAGCAGCCUGAUCGACAGGAAGGAUGGCGUCGAGCGACGGCCAAAAGGGGAGAUGGGGAUCUCAUCUCAGCACAUCCACGAGGCCCAGCGAUGAGAUGCCGUUGGGUCCUGCUGCAGGAGGCCGCCCGUUUUGCUACCCCAACGUCUUGCUCUGCGGUGGAACAGCCCGUGAAACUCACCAGCAGUGUCUGGUCCGGGGAAGAAGACGAGGCCGACAUUCUAGCUCUUUUGGCUGGGACUGCUGCUGCACUGGCCCCGUUCCCGUUCUGA